UUGACAAAGCAAAGCUCGUCCAAUAUGGCGAGCGAGGCAGCAGCGAAUACGGACCCUCGCAUUGUCCACGCACAGGCUCUCAAGUCCCCUUACACGCCACUCUCCAUCUACAACACUCUCAUUCGGCUCUACUCCACCACCCCCUACUCUCUGCGUCUCUUCUCUCAUCUACCUUUCUCACCCACCGUCGUCUCAUGGACAGCCCUCAUCUCCGCCAACUCCUCCUCCCCUCUCUCCCUCCGCCUUUUCCUCUCCAUGCUGCGCAACUCCCAUCUCCCUCAUCCGGGCACACUCGCCUCCCUUUUCAAGACUGCCGCCUCUGUAUCUGCCCUCUUAUUCGGCCUUUCUCUCCAUUCCCUUUCUAUAAAGCUCUCUCUGCAUUCCCACCCCUUCACUGCCUCCUCUCUUGUCAAUUUUUAUGCGAAGUGCCGCCUUCCCCAUGAUGCUUGUAAGGUGUUCGAUGAAAUUACUGACAAGGACGAGGUCUGUUAUGCUUCUGCGAUCGUGGGCUUGGCGCAGAAUUCGAGGCCCGUUGAAGCGUUGUCGCUAUUUGCCGAGAUGAAACGAUAUAAUGUGGUGUCAACCGUUCAUAGUAUUGCGGGGGCAUUGCGUGCGGCGGCGGAAAUGGCUGCGUUAGAGCAGUGUAGUAUAAUUCACGGGCAUGCGUUGGUUACAGGGUUUGAUACGGACGUUGUUGUAGGAAGUUCCCUGAUUGACGGGUAUGGGAAAUCGGGACUGAUCAUGGACGCCAGGCAGGUUUUCGACGAGUCCUUGCCAAGCUUGAAUGUAGUGGGCUGGAAUGCCAUGAUGUCAGGUUAUGCACAACAGGGAGAUAAUGAGUCAGUAUUAGAACUAUGUAAUUCCAUGGAAGCUCGAGGAUUUGUACCUGACGAAUUUAGCUUCUUAGCUAUCUUAACAGCUUUUCGUAAUGCUGGUUUGGUUGCUGAGACCAAAAAGUGGCUCUCUAGGAUGAAGAAUGAUUAUGGGUUGGAACCAAGGUUGGAGCAUUAUACCUGCCUGGUGGGUGCAAUGGCGCAGGUGGGGCAGUUGGAGGAGGCAGAGAGUGUUGCAAUGACAAUGCCUCAUAAACCAGAUGCUGCAGUUUGGCGGGCACUGCUUACUGCUUGUGCUUCUCAUGGGGCAGCAGACAUGGCUUCAAAAAUGUCUAGGAAAUUGUUAGCGUUAGACCCGCUUGACGAGUCAGCUUAUUCAAUGAUUUUGAAUGUUUUAUCAGCUGCGGGAAGGUGGAACGAGGUUGCUGAAGUGAGAACCAUGAUGAAGAAUAAGUGGGUGAAGAAGGAAGGAGCAAGGAGUUGGAUUGAAGUGAAAGGAGAAGUUCAUGUAUUCAUGGCAGGGGAUCGAAAGCAUGAGCUUACAAGUGAGAUUUAUAGGAAGUUGGGAGAGCUGAUGGAGGAGAUUGAGAAAUUGGGGUAUACACCAGUUUUUGAUCAUGGAGGAGAAAGGGAGAAAAGGGAAGCGCAUUGGUAUCACAGUGAGAAGUUAGCUGUGGCUUUUGGUGUGGUGAGUGAAGCAGCGCCACCAGGAAAGGCUCUAAGAAUUGUCAAGAAUUUGAGAAUUUGUAGAGACUGUCAUGAGGCGUUCAAGUAUUUUUGUAGAGUAAUUGAUAGGGAGAUUAUUGUGAGGGAUGUUAACAGGUACCAUAGAUUUUUCAAUGGCAGGUGUACCUGUGGAGAUAAUUGGUAAUAACUAUUACCAGUUGCCACCCAAGAAUGCAUUGGAAGACACUUUUUUUAUCACACCAUGAUGUGUAAUUCCUAUUGAUUCUUUUGUUCUACUGUAAUGACAUAAUGUUAAUGAUGUU